AAGAGGUUGCAAAAAAUUAAAGCUCAUCUUCGCGUUUCACAGGAACUACUUCCCUAUCAAUGAUGCUGACAUUCCAAGUGACCUACUUUAUGCUGGCUGUGUGGAUUUAUGAAAGUCCAGUGAUGUUCAGCAUCCUCAGUCCAGUACUGGUGGUGGGAGCAGCCACUGGUUUGGUAGUAGGGAACCUACUUGGUUUAAUCUCAGGCUUCCAGGUUCUCCUUGGACCCAAAUUGCCAAUCUUGGGCAUGGCAGCUUUUUCAUCAGGAGUCCUUAGGAGGCCAGUUGCCCUUACCAUCAUGAUUGCUGAGCUCAUCAACAAUUUCUACUUUGUUCCCAUAUUGCUGCUGACCACCAUUUCUGCCAUGAUGAUUGGCAACCUCUUCAACCAGGCUCUCAUCAAAGCAACCAUGGAGUACAAAGGGAUGCCAGUGCUGGAUUGGUCCCCCCCUGGAUAUGCCUAUUUUGUCAAAUGCAAAAACAUAAUGUCAACCUCUGUCACUGCUUUCCAGCCAAAUGAAAAUGCUGGUUAUGUUUUUGACACCAUCAGGAACAACCCAAGGGAAACAUACCCAGUAGUGGAACCAUAUUAUGGCAGUGCAAGAGGGAGUGCAGGCAGAGACUACAGCAGAGAGGACAAGAUGAAGUCCUCAAGCACUUCACCAAUGUCAAGCAUUUUGGAGCAGUAUGAGACCUUUGGGAGAUUGGCAGGCAUUAUAAGCAGGGACUCCUUAUUGGUUAUCCUCAAGAUGCAUGGGUACAAGAAUGAACCCAUCAUUCCUUGGAUGGUUUUUGCAAGGUUCCAUCCAAACUAUUUCUCUGUUGAUACCAUUAUUCAAUCAGCUGAGGACAGGAGUCAGACCAUCAACCUGAGGCAGUAUAUGGACCCAUCUCCAAUGACAUUGACCCCAGAGCACUCCAUGAACAGAGCCCACGUGCUCAUCCGGUCCUUUGGCACCAGAGCAAUCCCCAUAGUCAACGAAGAAUAUCAGGUAGUUGGAAUGAUCACCAGAGCAGAUGUGGCACGGUACAAAACCUGGAACUUUUUCUGCAAAUACGGAGCUUACAAGGUUCCAUUGGCCAGAGACGACUUAUUUUCCAUCCCGCGAGACGGAGACGAUCCCACUGCCACCUGACCGAAAAAUAGCAAACGCGAUCGCUUUUUUGAAAUAAAAACAGGGAAAUGAAGAUACACUCGUUCAGUGGUUUCCUCCAGGACGAACUUCGAAUAAAAAAAAAACAAAAACUACUUUUUAUCGCGUUUCAAAAACCGCUGGGCUUCCUUCAACAUCCUUGUGCGGUCCUUCUUGGCCUCUUCUUUCAAUUCCUGCGUAUUUUCUUCUCCUUCUUCCUCCUCUUCGAUGUCAUCAUCAUCAUCCUCUUCAUCCGUUGGAGAAUAUUCCACUUCACUGUCACUCGCCAUGAACGGAUCAUCCAUGUCAUAUUCGUCUUCGUCGCUUUCUUCCUCGUAAUCUAUUCUCCGCUUGGCCGCUUUUUUGGCAGCCCGAGCAGGGGUAGGUUUUUGCGUAUGCUUGAAGUCCACGCGGUGUUGUGGAUUCU